GGGGGGGCGGAGCUUUGUGUCCCCGCGGCGCCCCGGCGUUGCCAUGGAGACGCGGCCGCGCCGUCGGGCCGAGCCGCCAUGGAGCUGACGGGCGGGCGGUACCGCGGCGGCACCGUGCGCAGCAGGAUGGAGGGACAGGGCUCCUACACGCUGCCGACGGGCACCGAGUACCGGGGCGAGCUGAAGGACGGGAUGUUUCACGGAGAGGGAGAGCUGCUGUUCCCCGACGGCGGUUCUUACCGGGCGCUCUGGCACCGCGGGGUGCCCACGCAGGGGAAAUACACUUUUGCAGAUGGUCUCAAAUACGAAGAUAAAAAAUGGCAUUACUGUGACGGCUACGACAGAAGAUUUUACACAGAAAUCUGUUUUGGUCUUAAACCAGCAGGCAUUUCUCAGCUUACAAAUCUGGAUCCUCCCCGAAAUAUCCCACAAGGAUGUUACGACUGUGGUGAUGGAUUCUAUGAUCCUGAAACCAGGGUUGUUGUUGACUACAAACUCAGGUUUCUGAGAAACGCAGAAAUAGGACUCCUGGCACCUUUGUAACCGUGUUUGGUCAAAAAGAGAGAUGGCGAGAUUUCCCAGUUUGUCAGUGAAAAGUAGAAAAUAUAUGAUGUUAUUUUUAAUGCAAAGCAGGGAGGUACAAGGAGAGCAGAGACAUCCAGGUUUUAGGACCCCCAAACAUCAAAGAAGCCUAUAGCUUUCAAAGAGAAAAUACAGUCAGUAAUAGGAAUUUUCUUCUACUGGCACGGAGAGAUUACAGGAGAUUGCCUGGGUCACCUCUCUGCUGAUGAAAAGCAAAGACACUUAGAUGAAAAUCACUCUGUUUCUCUUCUGGUUCUCCCCAGGAUGGGUUAAAUCAUAGAAAAGACACAAAGCCUGCCUUUACCGUGAAAGCUCAGGCAGGUAACUGAAUUAACACGCAUGUUAUUGAGAGCACGAUUCGGCCAGGAAAACCAGGACAAGCAUCUUAUCAGGAGGAGAGUUUUUGGUGUUGCUGCAAUGCCAAGCCAGCCAGCAAUCAGUUUGGGAUUUCUACAAGCCUGGAAGUCUUGUCAAAAGCAGCAGGAAAAAUCCUGCUGCUUCAGGAAUCAUUAUGAGCUGAAAAGGUCAAGACUCAAGAACAUUAUUUUAUUAUCAUUUAGAAAAGUCUGGGGUUAGAAUGUCUGACGUCCCUUGGUUGCGAGGCUGACCCAACUCCACAGGCAAGGGUGCAAAGCCAUUUUAAUUCUGAGCCUUAGUAAUCACAGACUGUAGUACAGUUUCCUCACAUUGUUACCUUGGCAUGAAGAUUCUUAUACUUGUUCUGAAAGAAUUUAGAAGCAAAAUUUUUUGAAAGUGCACAGCGACAUAUUCAUCCAUUCUGGGUUUAUCCAAGUGUGCAAAUCCAUGAGAUAAAUCUCCUACAUUUAGAUGUUUUUGUCUUACAACUCAGAGCUGACUUGCACCGAGUGCUUUUUGAGAAAUGUAGACUUGUCUGAAAAAUGUAGUUGAGAAACAGAGCCAUAACCGCUCAAUAAUUGCACAGGGUAAUAUUUCUGUACCUACCCUCAUGUACCCCAAAUACAUGCAGAUGUUUGCGUGCUCUUUCUCAUAAACUACUGGAGAACUGGGUGUGGGAUGAAGACCUGGCAAUUUUUCAGGCCUGGAGUAUUUCUGGAAAGAAGACAGCAAGUUUAACUUCAAGUCGGCUGUGGUGCAGGAAGAAAGAUUGACUGCUCCUGGGGAUCGUGCACGGAGCUUUAUUCCCUGUUCUUCUUUGAAACUGCCCGUUCUGCUGAUGGAGGGAGUGGAUGAACACUGAUUCCAGGCUGGUCCCUGCUCAUUGCCUAAGAAUGUAAGAGUUGUUUUGGCAGAUGCCCUUAGCAAAGGAGAGGAGAGGAGAGCCCCAGCAACACACUUACAGAGGGAAUAUAGUAUUUUUGUUCGAAUGAAUUUAGCUUCCCAUAGAUUUAAAUGUCUACUUAUAACGCAGGACCAUUUAAUCUUUUGUACAUUUGUUUCUUUUUUAUUUGACUUAAGAUACUGAAUUUAGAUGAGGUUUAGUUCCUACAUAUUGAAACUCUUAAAAGCUCUUCAAAUAAUUGUUCUUUGGAUACUUGUUAAGCUAAAGAAAUCAGUUUUGAUCGGCAGUAAAAGUUCAUGCUAUUUUAAGUGCAAUGCUAUAGCUAUUUUCUGUUGUAUAUUUAAUCAUUUUGAAUUAUAUGUCAUGUAAAAGAUUUUAGCUCUGGGGCAUUUGCCAGAUGGCUGAUUCUGCAUUUCACACAACAAAAGAAAUAAUGUUUGUGUAAAGCUCUUAAAAAUAGUUGGUAAUCAGUAUAUUCUACAACGAAUAGGAUCCAGACCUGUUUGGAAAAAAACCCCAGCUUUUGCAGAAAUUAAUUUAGAGGAUUUGGUCUCUACCUCUGGGCUCCGAACAAAACAAAUUGUGUCUAUUGUUUGCUGAUUUUUUAACAUCUAACAAGUUAACUGAAUUGUAAAUUUUACUCAUUUUUAUGUUAAAUGCUGUUUCUUGCAA